AUGGAUUCGGACCCACCAUUCCAUGAAACCUACAAGACCCUUUUUGCCGUCACUAAGCCUUUAAACAACGACUGGCUCGCGGCGGUGAUGGCGGUGGAGGAACUUGAGCUUCCCUCGAUUGAUCUGACCUGGUUAAGCCUCGAGUCGCCGGAGAAGGAGAGGUGUAAGAAUGAUAUAGCUAGGGCUGCUAAUGAGUGGGGUUUUUUUCAAGUGGUGAACCAUGGGAUUUCGAGGGAUGUAUUGGAGAAGAUGAGAGAUGAGCAAGUCAAAGUGUUUAAGCAACCGUUUCAACAUAAGUGUAGGGAAGACAAGUUCAUGAAUGUGUCGGCCGGUAGUUACAGGUGGGGAACGCCGACGGCUACUUGUUUAAGGCAACUGUCGUGGUCUGAAGCUUUUCAUAUCCCCAUGACCGAUAUCUCUAGCCUUGGUGAUACUUCUAUUUUCAGUUCAUCAUCCCUACACCAGUUCGCGACAGAAGUUGCCAGUCUUGCUCAAAAACUAGCCGAAAUUUUAGCAGAGAAAUCAGGUAAAAAAUCAACGUUCUUCCAAGAAAAUUCAUUACCGAGCACUUGUUAUCUCCGGUUGAACAGAUACCCUCCAUGUCCGAUCCCUUUGUUCGGUCUAAUGCCACACACAGACAGUGAUUUCCUCACUGUACUGUACCAAGACCAAGUUGGAGGGUUACAAUUAGUGAAAGAUGGGAAAUGGGUUGCAGUUAAACCAAACCCUGAAGCUUUGUUUAUAAACAUUGGAGAUUUAUUUCAAGCAUGGAGCAAUGAUUGUUAUAAAAGUGUACAACAUUGUGCGGUUACUAAUCCGACGAAAGAAAGGUUCUCGGUUGCUUAUUUCUUUUGUCCAUCGUAUGACACCGUGAUUGAGAGUUGUAGUGGCGAUAAGCCUUCGGUUUAUAGAAGGUUUAGCUUUAAGGAAUAUAGACAACAAGUACAAGAAGAUGUUCAAAAUUAUGGUUAUAAAAUAGGGCUUCCAAGGUUUCUUGUAUAA